AUGCCAGUGGUUCCCAAGGAAAAAAUGGGGUUGAAAAUGAUAGAAGAGCGAGCGCGCGCGAGAGAGAGAGAGAGAGAGAAACGAGAGAAGGGAACAAGAGGGCUCGAGCUCGUUUCUCUGUUCCGGCAGGUGCUUCCGCCGCCGGUGUGGUUAGCACGGCGUUCUCCACCUGAGCCUUGGUCUCAUCGUCACGUACGUUCCCCUGCCGCUGCUCCUCUUUCGACGCCGGCGAUUCUUUUCGAAUGUGGAAAAUCUUACUCUCCGAAUGCAAUUGGAGUCAGCCUUGCAUUGGAAAAGAUAUUUCCUCAUUCUUCGGUUGAUAUCAGAAAUUUCAGUAUGCUUGUCUGUUCAAAAGGUGGAGGUGGGCUGCUGCAAAAAUGCAUGGAAAUUGUUGCGGAGUUAUGGCAAGCAAAUUUGAAGGCAGAACUUGUUCCUCUGUUAGACCCAAGCUUAACUGAACAAUAUGAAUAUGCAAGUGAAGCAUGAUCUCAAAUGCCUUAUUG